AUGUUUGUGUCAUUGGCGAAAAAUCUGGAAGUCGAGUUCCUGCUGUGGUGGCACGUCCUGAAGAACAUGGACAUGGAGAAAGGCCAAUGGACCCUGGAGCAGCGCGACGUUAAUGAAGCCAAUUUCUUCCCGCAAGGUAUAUGGAAGGAUCUGUCGAUCUCAAUAGCUGGCAUCGAAAUCCUAAGAAUGCGAUUGAGUAAGGUGCUGCUUUCGCUGAUCGCUACCGAGCUACCAAACUUGAUUAGAAAGAUCAAGAAGAAAUUUGGCCAGUGCAGAUUUUGGCUUCGAAGACUUGGUGAACCACGGAUUACCAUUGACGAGCAGAGGUCGUAUCUUUUGAAUAUCAGUCAGUCACUCCAGGAGCUUAUGAAAGUGGCUACCGAUCGGACAUACAACGAUCUCUUCUUCGGGGAUGCCCGCUCGAGCAACGGGUAUCAUAAGAGAAUACGAGCCAUCGUGCAAAAUUUCAACGAAGAAUUUGCCGACUGA